AUGGAUUUAGUGGAUCUGAGGUCUGAAGAGGGCCUGCAGCUCCAUGCGCAUCUCUCCACAAUCGCCCCUCCUACUUCUGAAGCUCCAGAUGACUUUUUCGAAUGGUCCGCCAAUGGCAUUUCAAGUGAGUUAUACUCUUCCUCUCGCACCUGGGAGGUUCUCAGGCCAAGAUCGGAUAAAAAAGAUUGGGCUGAUUUGGUUUGGUUCAAAGUAUCGGUCCUAAAGCACGCUUUCACGAUGUGGGUUGCAAACCUUAACAGACUGCCCACAAGAGUUCGUCUUGCCUCUUGUGGUCUUCAGGUUCCAUUGACUUGCUGUCUCUGUUCUACGCUAGAAGAAAACUGCGAUCACCUGCUGCGUACUUGUGACUAUAGUAUAAUCGUCUGGAAACUGGUUCUCGCGAGACUUAAGCCUCACCACCAGAUGUUCCAAUCUUGGAUUAGACAAUCCAAUGCGAGUGCCCCUGCAGUCUUUAGAAAGCUGGCAGCUCAGGCGAUUGUUUUCCAGCUAUGGAAACAGAGAAACAACAUUCUGCAUAACAGUGAGGUGCGAAACACGAUCUCUGCAAAAAAGACAUAG